UGGAAACCCUAAAUUCGGGAUGAAAUGGAGGCUGUAGGGUUCGUUGAUCGGAUCAAACGUCCGUAGUUUUCUGGUUUCUUCUUCUGCGGCUGAUUGCAGGCAACUCCUUUUGCGCGGCAUACGUACGGCGGCAGAACUCCCUCAAUGGUCAUCUAGAACAGGUGAAUUUCCAGUUUACUGUCUCUGUUCUUGUUCAAUUUUGGUUGCUGAUACCGUUUCAAUUUCUUGGUGUAGGUAGAAUUGUGUUAAUCUGUAGAAACCUCCAGUAGAAAGUCAUGAACAACAACAAUAGUAGCUGUGAGUCAGGGAAAGCUGUAAAAAGGAUUCGCGAGGGAGAUGAUACUACUACGGCUGCUCCUGACAGGUUAAGCCAUCUUCCAGACUUCAUUAUUCAUCACAUCCUUUCAUUUCUAGAUACCAGGUGGGCCGUUCAAACCUCUGUGUUGUCUCGAUCGUGGAGACCUGCUUGGAAACAUGUCCCUGUCCUCAAUCUGGACAGUCUUUGGUUCCGAAAGUAUUCGAUUUUCCAGAGGUUUGUGGAUAAUGUUCUGUCCCUCCAUCAUCCCUUUAAGGUCCAUGAAAUGAGCUUCAUUCUGUAUGAUCAUUAUGAUGAGGAGGAAGACGACGAAGAACGAGAUGUUAGUUUCAUUGUCAAGGUCGCUAAGUAUGCCUUAUCCCAUGGGACACAUCAUCUAGAGUUCAAGCUGUUAGGUUCUAGGGGUUACAACGACACUUACAGGUUCUCGAAUUUGUUUGGCACUAUCUCGAACUGUGACCUCGAAACUCUAGAGCUAGUUGGUGUCUGCAUCGAUAAUGGAUUUGGGUCUUCUCGUUUGCACAUGCUGACGACUUUAAAUUUGACAUGGUGCACGCUAACUUCUGAUCAGAAUGGGGUAUGCAAUCCUUUUUCUAACUGUCCAUGCCUGGAGAAGUUGAUCCUGAAUGAUUGCCGCCAUUGGGACUGGCAGGAAAGCGAUCUCAAGAUAUUUGCACCGCAACUGCGUAGCCUAUACAUGGAUAAUGUAGAUUGGUUCGCAAACGUGGAAAUAUUCGCACCGAGACUCAAAUCCUUUGAUUUUAACUCUGUUUUGAAGGAACUAAAGUUAUCCAAGUUAACCAUCUCUUCCCUCGAUCUUGCUGUUAUUCGAAUCUAUGAUGAAGCCGAUUCCAUGGAGGGUAAUGAGGAGUCUGUGACACAACGUUUGAUCUCUUUGUUCCAAGGUUUAAGUAAUGUAACCACUCUCAGGCUGGAGCACGGUACCAUCAAGAGCAGCAAUCGUCUCCCUUUACAAGAUUGAAGACCUUAAUUGUGGAUGCUGACAAGGUGCCUUACUUACCUAUCACUUACUUCCUCGAAGGGUCUUCUGUUGCCGAACCAACUAUUGAGUUUGUCUACCAUGAUACGGGAUAUUUUCCCUGGAUUGUAUUGGUGGCUUCACGAGUUACACAAAUCGCGGUCCCGUAGGCUGUCAUAUGAAACCAAAUCUGCCAAAAACUCGGUCGAUGUGGAUCGAAUCAAAUCGGGUGUUGCUGCAUUAUGCAUCGUCUUUCGAUUCGCUACAAAAGUCUCAGGGUUUUCGUCUUCAGCAAAUAUAAUUAGCUACAAAUCGAAACUCCAGUUGAACAAAUGGUUGGCUUCACGGCUCACGCUCACUAAGUAGGUGUAUCAUUUGUCACUUCAAUCUUGUCUAUAACUCAUAUGACUCAUGUGUAAGGUUUUGCCGCAGGAGUGAUAUGAACUCAUUUCUUUGGAACCUUGCUGUAGUUCCGUUUCUUGUUUGCUUUCCCUAUAUGAGAUUGAGAUGGUUCAACAUGUAAGGUUGCUGAGAACGUCUCUUGCACAGGUUGCCAAUAAGCUAGCUAAUCGACA